AAAGCAUGGCGACUUCCUUGCCACUCGUGAGUUAGCUAGCUAGAAUGUUCUAGCGUAUUCAUGUGUGGAUGUUUAUAGGGGGAGUUACCUGUUUAUUAAGACAGUGUCUACUUAUUCGAAACAGUUUCUUUGGUCUCUUGUAAGAUUUUUGUUAUUUGCGAAACCUCAGGAGUAAACAUCAUGGCACAAGAUGGAGAGGGCAGAAGGUAUCCCCGGAACCUUCAGGGGGUCCUGCAGCUGGCAGUGGAGGCUGGUUCUGCAGCAGAGGGACCUACUGCUAUUGAACCCAUGUCAGAUGAGAGGAAAACAUUUCUGAGAGAAGCUCUCGCUGAGGUCUGUAAAGGGCAGAUGGAUGAAGUGGAGCAAAUGAAACAGUGUUUGGCCAUCCUGCGCAAAGAUGAAACAAGUGAAAGGGAGAGAGAGGAUGACGAGGAUGAAGAUGAGCGUGAAUCUGCCUUUGAAAUGCUGUCAGAGUUCUGCGAGAACCUGGAUAAUGCGAGAGACUUGAUGAUUCUAGGUGGACUGGACUUGUGUGUCUCCCAAUAUCUGUGUCAUGUCCAAAGUGGGCUGAGGUGGCGAGCUGCUGAGCUUAUUGCUUCUUGUGCUCAGAACAUGCCACAGGUGCAGGUCCACCUGCUUAGCAUCGGAGCGCUGCCAAAGCUGCUGCAGCUGACAGACUCAGACCCCCACCCCACCGUCAGAGUAAAAGCCCUAUAUGCUGUCUCAUGUCUGGUUCGAGAGCAGGAUGCAGGGCUCCAGGCAUUCUUGUCUCAUGACGGCUUCUCGGUUCUAAUGCGAGGUAUGCAGUCGGAAAAUGAGAAGCUCAGAACCAAGUCAGCAUUUCUUCUGCUCAAUCUACUGACAUCACAUCCUGAACAGAAAGACAUAGUUGUGUCCAUGGGUAUGGUCCAGCAGUUGGUGUCUGUUCUUCGCACGCCACACUCUCCCUUCCAUGAACACGUACUUGGCGCCCUCUGCUGUCUGGUGGAUCAGUGUCCACAGGGGCUGAAGGACUGCAGGGACCCCUCUCUGGGUCUGGAGGAGUUACUCAGAGUGCGCUCCAGAGAGAUCCAAGGAAAGGAGGAAUGUCAGGAAGAACUAGACUUCUGUGAGCACUUAAGGGGGAUGUGUUUCCGUGGACGUCCAUCAGAUGAGAACGGGAUGGAUCGCUGAAGUUUUAUUUCAUCUUAAAUGUUUUCGCAUCCAUGUGAAAUAUUCAGGACCUGGAUUGUGGAUGUUAAGCAAAGUUUAUGACUGUUUCUGUCCAAUGCAUCUCCAGUAAUCCUUGGAUGUGGAUGUAAAUAACUCAAAUGUACUGACUUCCUUAAGCCGGCUCUUAUUAUUUUUUUUCUUUAAAACCAAACACCUCCAUCACUAAUCUUAUGGUAAAAUUUACGUCCUAAUACUUUUGUUACUUUAAGACAGUCAUAAAAGCUGAAAUGAGAAAUGAUGAGACAAGAAUGGACUUUUUUUUUUAUCGUAUUUAUUUAUUUUACAAACAGGAUUGUUUAUAUACAUAUAAACUGAAAAUAGGUGGAAAACAUCACACCACAGCAUACGCAGUUUAAAGCUGGAUGUCCAAACCAUGAAUUAAAGUAUUCUGGUACAAAUCAGAAAAUAUAGAUAUUAUUCAAAAUG